UGGUUUAUAAUAAUAAGUUUUCUUUUUAAUUCUCUUAUAAUAGUUGUUGGGGUUCAUUUAAUACAUUAUAAGUUAAAAGUUUAUUUAGUACUGGUUCCCUUAUAACCUAAUUGAAUAUCAUUAAUUUAGCCGCCAUGAGAUAUCAGUCCAUAAAAUCACUAAUUACCAUUCUUAUAUGUAUCAUAUCCUUUCAUGUCAAUUUAAUAUCUUGUCAAAUUCAAAGUGAAGUAGAUUAUCUAAAACAUAUUAAACAAUUCAGUCAUCCCAUAGCUCCCAAAUACAUUAACAAUACUGAUCAUAAAAACACUCAUUCUGAUAAUAACUAUCAAACUAAGACAAAUUUGGACAAAAUUUAUGGGGUAAGUCUUGGAGGUUGGUUAGUGGCAGAACCAUGGAUAACUCCAAGUUUAUUUGAUAAUAUUUAUCAUCAAUAUGGAACUCAACCAGUGGAUGAAUAUACUUUAGCAACUAUUUUGGGUAAAAAUGCUACUAAACUAUAUAUGGAGAAUCAUUGGAAAACAUUUUAUACUGAAGGAGAUUUUCAACAGAUUAAAGCAUUUGGAUUAAAUCUUGUUAGAAUUCCAGUUGGUUAUUGGGCUUUUGGGUUAUUACCUAAUGAUCCAUAUGUACAAGGUCAAGAAUUUUAUUUGGAUCAAGCUUUAGGUUGGUGUCAAAAAUAUAAUAUUCAAGUAUUAAUUGAUAUUCAUGGUAUGCCAGGUUCUCAAAAUGGGUUUGAUAAUUCAGGGUUAAGAACAAGUGAUCCAAGUUGGUUAAAAUAUAAACAAAACUUAAAUUUAAGUUAUACAAUUUUAAAGUAUAUUUUUACAAAAUAUGGCAGUCCUAAUUCUAUUUAUAAUUCAGUGAUAAAUAGUAUUGAAGUUGUUAAUGAACCUUUUGCACCUAUUAUUGAUCCAGCAAAAGUUGCUGAAUUUUAUACUUAUAGUUAUAAUACCGCAAAUACUGAGAAUGUUAUGUCUGAUAUGAUUUAUCAUGAUGGAUUUAUGGGAUUUGGUUAUUGGGAUUGGUUUAUGCCAAAUGCUGCUCCUGGAAAAGUUAUAAUUGAUCAUCAUUUAUAUGAAAUAUUUUCUCCCCAACAAAUAGCCAUGACUAUUGAUGAACAUUUAGCUAAUAUUAUGGCUCAAGGUAAUCAAAUGUCUCAAGAAAAACAUCCUAGAAUUGUUGGUGAAUUUUCAGGUGCUUUAACUGAUUGUACAAGAUAUAUUAAUGGAGUUGGUAAUGGAGCUAGAUUUAAUGGUACAUUUCAAACUAAUGUUGUAACUGGUAGUUGUGCAAAUCAUACCGAUUUUGCCUUAUGGUCAUCCGAAUUGAUUAAUAAUACUAAAAGAUAUUUAAUUGCCCAAUUUUAUACAUAUGAAACUAAUAGUAAUGGAUGGAUAUUUUGGUGUUUUAAAACUGAAAGCGCUAUUGAAUGGGAUUUUAAAAGACUAGCUGCUCUUGGUAUGUUACCUCUGCCGUUAUUUCGGCCUCGGCCUCAAAGUCAGCAACAACAACAAAAUAAUAAUUUAAAAGAUAUUAUUAAACAAAAUCAAUCAAUUUCUAGUCUUUCAAGUAAUUUUGCAACUAAAGUAUUCAAUUAUAAUUCCAUGUUAUUAAUAAAAGAUUAUGAUUUUUUUCCCAAAAUUAUAUAUACUUUAUUCUUUACCUGUUUUUUAUUUAUAUUGAACUUUAUAUAGUCUUAUAAUGAAUAAUUAUAUUAGAUAAAAAGAUAGUAAAAGAAUGAUAUAACUAAGUAAAAGUAAAUUUUGCAAUAAAAAAGAUCAUUUUUACAGUUUUCCCCUGCGGAUUUACAGAU